AUGAACCAGCGCCGCCGCCCUCGUCCAAUCGGGGCGCGCCACGUCACCACCCCGGGCGCCCCACUUCGCCGCGAGCCCGCCGGCCCUCCGAAGCCCGCCGCGGGCCCUCCCGAGCCCGUCUCCUCCGCACCAGUUCUCUCGUGCGGGCCCGCGCCCCGCGCCGCCCGCCCCGAGCCCCGCCGUCCCGGCCGCCGGCCGGCCGCCCGUCGCGCCACCGCCGGCGCCUCGCACCACCGCGGCCCCGCCGCGUCCGACCCCGCCGGCGCCUCCCGCCGUCGCACCGCCGCCUCCUUCCUCCACCUCGCCGCCUCGCCAUCUCCCUCCUCCACGCCGGACGCCGGCGACCGCACCUCUUCUCCGGCCGAAGCUCCGGCGGCCCGAGCUCGAAUCCGCCCGAUCUAG